AUGGAGGAAUCACCUGUGGCCGACGAUAACGGCGGCUAUAGCGGCGGAUAUAACGGCGGGAUGUUCGCUCAGCAGACGAGCCCCGCGCCUCCCUUAUGGACCUCCCUAGACGCCAUGCACGGGCUGGACCACGAAGCUUCUGGGUUCCUUCCACUGGACGCAUCCGACGGAGACGAAUCGCAGCAGCAGCAGCAACAGUCGGACUACACCCACCAUCACAGCCACCAGCCGUCGGAUCAUCUCAACGUACGGCGAGAUCUUCUCGAGGACGAUAACUUCGGUAGCAGCGAGUUCGACCCGUCGUCGGCGGCGAGCGGAGCGGGGGAGUGUGUGAUGCUGUACCAAGACGCGCAGAGGGGGGAGGAGGAGGACAUGGUGGGGAGCCUUAACCUCCGCAUCUCCCCGCAACCCGACGCAUCCGAUCUCACAUCGGCGCUUUUCUCCGAAGGCCAGGCGAGCAACAACGGCGGCGGGGCGACGCUCGGCGGGUCGUCGUGGCAGCUGUGUGACAAUCUGUUCGCAGAGCCGAUCGUCGACUGCGGCGAGCUGCUCUCCGGCGACGGCGACGGCGACGAUCUGCUUGCGGCUUCCGCGGGGCACGACGAGGCGGAGCAGGCGGACGGCGGAAGCGGCGGAGAAGAAAUGGAGAUGAAGGACCCAGCCGUUGCGUAUCUCACGCCGGAAAAGGCGCCCCCUGUGCCAGCAAGUUCGGACCCAGUGGAGGUGACAACGCCGGGGUGUGACAACAGCGAGGGCAAUUUCAGCACGCCGCAGGUGCCAAGCGCGGGAUUCUCCCGUCCGCGCAGCCGCUGCCCCACGGAGCGGGGACUGGCGCAAAAGGGCGCGCUCAUGACCCCGUCCGGCGGAGCAACGGCGCGCGCAACCCGCGAGAACCUGAUGCGGCGGCUGGCGCAGGCGGGCGGAGCGGCGGAGCCGUGGACCCCCGUAACCCCCGCGAAGGACGAGGCGGGGAAGCGGUCCCCCGACCAGCUUGCGCGCGUGGCGGUGUCGCUGGAUGCGGAGCUGGGGCUGUUCGUGGACUCCCCGCCGCUGCUGUGGAACGGAGUGGCGGAGCAGCAGCAGCAGCAGCCCCAGGCGCAGGCGCAGGCGCAGGGGCAGGGGCAGUGCUUCCAGAUGCCGCAGUACCCGCAGCAGCAGCAGCAGCAGCAGCAAGUGGCGUUCAGCAACGCACGAAUGCUGGAAGCGUCGAGUUCUCGGACCAUGCCUGCUGGCACCGUGCAGAGCAUGCUUGGCGCGCAGCAGCAGCAGCCACAGCAGCAAUACGGGAUGGCGGGUCAACAGCAACAGCAGGGCUUGGCGGGGCAGCACGGAUUCUGCGCGACGCCCGGGGAAGGCGCGCACAUGCGCGCGGACCCCGCGGAGGCACGGCUGUCCGGCCAGAUGAUGCUGCCCAAGGACCUGGCGUCGUUGAUGAACGACGCUGACGUGGACGCGUCUGCCGCCACGUGGUCGCAGCCAAGCAACAACACCGCUAUGUCACCGCCCCUAAGCAAUGGCUACAACACCAGUGCUGGUACCCUGAGUAUGGAUACAGCAGCUGCUCCUACUGCUACUGCUACAAUUGCGAAAGCGGAGGUGCAAGUGAAGGAGGAGCCAGGCAAGGCCGGGAGCCGAGCAGGCGGAUUGACUGGAAGCAGCUCUCUGAAGGAGAGUGGUAACCAGGCGUUCCAGGAUGACUUGGGGGAAGAUGGAGCUGUGGAGGACGGUGAGGAUGAUGAAGGAGGGGUGAUAGUGGGACGGAAGAGGUCGUUUGUGCAGAACCCGGCUGCUUCUGCUGCGAGGAAGAGGAGGCAUGACAUGAACCAGCGGUUGAAAGUGCUCGUGGAUCUCGUCCCUAACAGCAGCAAGGGAGACACUGCAUCAAUGCUGCUUGAAGUUAUUGACUACGUGAAGGCACUGAUGUCUCGGAUCUCUGAAGCGGUGGGUGAGAACACCACCCAACAGCUAGGACUUACCAGGAGUUCAAGCACCCAGAGCCAAGCUUCACCACAAGUGGAAUCUGAGUCAAAUGCCAAUGGAUCACAGCAAUGGACCCUACAGCAGUCAGCUCCUCAGCAAUCCAUGCCCUGCAAUGGGACCUCAAUGUUGCCACCAGCACCAUGCAACGAUCCAACGGCCGGCAUGUUACCCGCGAUACCGACGAACGGGAUGAGUGCGCGAGCCCUUCAGGCCGCGAAGUUCCGUAUGCGAAGAAAGUUGAUGGCAGCGAAACUCGAAGCAGAACGAAAGAACGGCGCUGCCCCAAGCGUCACGAAGGAUAGCGAAAACGGCGAGGUGGUUUCAAGCGAUGGUGAUAAAUCGACGGGUGACGCGAAAGGCCCCCAGCGAAAUCUAACUUCGCGCCAAUGCGCUCUCGUCAAAGUAGCUCUUGCUAGGAAAGUAUACGCACUUCAGCAGAAGAAUCACAAUACUAUGUAG